AGUUCGUGACCCCGAGACCUCCGGAAGUCCACUUCGGCCGGUGCGUCCCUUGGCUCGGAUGGCGGCGGAGGCGGCCAUGACGGUCGACUUCCUCCGCGCGCGGCUGCUCUCGGAGCGGUCCGUCUCCCGCGCCUCCAAGGAGCGCGCCGACCAGCUCGCCGCAAAGGUUGCGGAGCUGGAGGAGCAGGUCCUGGCGGUGACGGCGCAGCGGCAGCAAGCGGAGCGGGAGACAGACGAGGUGCUGGCCAUCCUGGAGUCGCGGGGCUUUUCCGGCAGCCAGCUCUCGGAAGUCCUCGACUCGGGCUCCGACAACGACGAGGAGGAGCUACGGGACACCAAGGCCAACGGCGACGUAGCGAGCUCCCACGGGGAGGUGGAACCGGAGCAGGAGCCGGCAGCGCAGCGCGAAGCGGAGGAGGACGCGCAGCCCGAGCCCGAGCCCGGGGGACUGUCGUGGAAAGGCCGGAGCGUGAGCCCGCGGAAGGCGAGGCAGCUGAAGCAGCGGCACCGGAGGAGCUACUUCUACCUCCUGGCCUCGGAACCGGACCCCUCGCGCUGUAAGUACCGGAUGGGCCAGUCUUGCCGCAAGAACAAGCGCACGGAGCUCAGUUCUGUUCUGUUAAACGAUGGCAGGUCGCCGGCUCCAGUAGUAGUGGAGGAUGGCACAGGUCUCGCAGUAUCUGCGGAGAGUCGGAAGGGGAAGCAGCAGCAAGAUGACGAGCGGGACGACGACUUGGACGGCGAGGUGGGUGGAGACGAGAGGAGCUCGGGAGAUGGCCGUGGCCAGUACGUGAUCAGGUGUCGGAAAGAUGGGGAGAUGGAGAGGGUGCUGGAGAAGCAGGCCGAGCUGAUUGGCCAGUUCGAGGCAGAGGAGAAAGCUCAGAGGGACUGGGAGAAGCAAUUCAACGACAACCGGCGUUCACCCAAGGUAGGUGACGUUAAGGCAGCCGCGUAUCGGCUUGAUAGUGGUCGAGGGCAAAGCAACCGAAGAAGCUCCAAGGUUGAGGAACAAGAAGCAAGCUCCCAAGUACAGGCCAAUUCAAGUGGAAAAUCCCUCCCCUGUUCCAAACAACCCGAAAGCACGGCCACGAGACGGAACCAAGACGAACAAGGAGACGCAAAUUCAGACGCCUGCUCAAGCUACAGCAUAAAUGCCCGGCCUUCUCGGCACCGUGCCAUGGUCAAAUCGUCUUCAGAAUCGACGGACACUCGCAUCAGCAAAGUCUCAGACUGGAGCUCGUCACGCUUCCACGAUCAUUCCCAUACCGACGGCCGGCAGCUGAUGGACACGCGUUUGGAUCGUCAGCCGAGCAACAACGACAUCGACGUGGAGAGUGUUCUUCAAGCCCUGCAGCGUGCAAAGAUCUCCUUGACAAAGAAGCUGCUAAGCAAGCCACUCCCACCCAGCCAGGUGACGCUGGCGCUUCCGGCACCGGGGGACGAGUACCGCACAGAAGAGGAUUUCUACGACGGCAACGAUUCCUACAGGGGAGAAGAACACAGCGGCUCGAGUCCAUCUCGUCAGGAAAUACUAGCCCUCCCAGCGCCAGAGGACCACCGUACGGAUUUUUCUUCGUUCGCGGAGAAAUCGAUCAGUUCAAGUCCGCCUCGCCAGGAGAUCCUGGCUCUCCCAGCCCCGGGCGACGAUUGCUCCGGCGAGAGAGAGGAUGUCAGUGACCUGAAGAUCCUUAUGAGCAGCCCGGGCCUGCUCCGGCUGCCGACAGACUCGUUUCCACCGGACGAGAUGCUGUCAACAAGUAAUGGUCAUGAUUCAGAGCUCGGAUUGAGAGAGACUGCUCGAUACGAUCCGCACGGUUCUGCGACGCUCGCGCUGCCUAAUUCCGGUAAGUGCAACGUUCCGAGCUCGGCCUUUUCAGUAGGGAGCGCCGCUUCUUUUCUCUCCGGAGUUCCUGAACUCCCGGAGGAUUUGAGAAGGGGAAGAAAGCCACUUGCAGACGUGAAUUCGUUCAUGCAGCGCGGCUGUGAUUACACCGUUUCUAAUAAGUGGAUGUUGUAGCGUGCAAGUGUAACUACACGUUGUUCUGUCCACUGUUAAUGUCUAGUGUGUCGUUCGUCGACCUUUCCUGUGGUGAUGUGGUCCGAUAAGCAAUGUCGUGCGUGUUGUGAAAGGUUGU